AUGGUGGACCCUCAAGCGGACAGAAAACGGGGGGGGGACUUAAGGGGUGCGGCCGGGGGGGCGCAGGAGAGGGGGGGGGAGGGACGACAAAGCGCCGAAGACGAAAGCACUCCACGAGGGAAGAAGACCAAGCACUUCAGGACCAAGCACUACAGGACCAAGCACUUCAGGACCAAGCACUUCAGGACCAAGCACUACAGGACCAAGCACUACAGGACCAAGCACUUCAGGACCAAGCACUACAGGACCAAGCACUACAGGACCAAGCACUACAGGACCAAGCACUUCAGGACCAAGCACUUCAGGACCAAGCACUACAGGACCAAGCACUUCAGGACCAAGCACUACAGGACCAAGCACUUCAGGACCAAGCACUUCAGGACCAAGCACUAA